AUGCGAUACUUUAAUUAUAUUAAAGUAAGUAUAUUAUUUUUAAUUAGUUUUUUAAAUAACGCUUACUUGCAAAUAGGUGAUGUCAAUGUGACUUAGAAUUGGUGACAUUGACAUUGACAUUUCAUUUGAUUAUUAGAGGCGGGAAUUCGCGAGGAGCAGUAUUUACUAUUUAGAUUUAAAUACAAUAUUUUGGUUAUUAGUGUUUUUAUAUGAUGACUAUAUUUUGUAGUUUAAUUCUUAGUAGUCUAAAAUAAUUAGUACAAUAUUUAAAAAUGUGCUAACUGUUAAGAUUUAGGUAAGGAUAGGGUAAUUAGACACAACCAUAUUUUUUAUAAUAAAAAUAUAAUGGGUAUUACUGGCUUGAUUCCCUUUAUUGAAAAGGCCUCCCGGAGGGCAAACGUUAGUGAAUUCAGUGGAUCUACUGUUGCUAUCGAUAGUUAUUGUUGGCUACAUAAAGGGGCUUUUGCCUGCGCUGAUAAAUUAGUACGUGGAGAAGAAACAGAUAUGCAUAUACGUUACUGCUUAAAAUAUGUAACAAUGUUACUAUCGAGGAACAUAAAACCAAUAUUAGUUUUUGAUGGAAGACAUUUACCAGCUAAAGCAAUGACAGAAUUAAAGAGAAGAGAGUCAAGAGACAUAUCUAAGAAAAGGGCGGCAGAAUUAUUAAGUUUGGGAAAGAUUGACGAAGCUAGGAGUUACAUACGUAGAAGUGUUGAUAUAACACAUGCAAUGGCUUUAAGUUUAAUUAAGGAGUGUAGAAAACGGAACGUUGACUGUAUUGUUGCUCCGUAUGAAGCAGAUUCCCAAUUGGCCUACCUCAAUAUUAAGAAUAUUGCACAACUAGUCAUUACUGAAGAUUCAGAUUUGAUAUUGUUUGGUUGUACUAAAGUAUUAUUUAAAAUGGAUUUAGAUGGAACGGGUAUUCUAGUGGAAACAGCUAAGCUACCUUUGGUUAUGAAAUGUCCAAUUGAGAAAUACAGCUUUGACAAGUUUAGACAAAUGUGUAUUAUGUCUGGGUGUGACUACCUUUCAUCAUUGCCCGGGAUAGGUCUGGCUAAGGCCAGGCAAUUUGUGACAGCCACACAGGAUCCUAAUUUUGCUAAUGCUUUAAGAAAACUGCCGAGUUUCUUCAACCGUUCCAAUUUAGUUGUGACUGACGAAUACAGAGAAAACUUUCUUAAAGCGGAAGCCACUUUCCGACAUCAGUAUGUGUACAACCCUAUUGAGAGAAACAUGUGUCGACUGGAAGAUCCUGAUGAUGCAGAUGUCGAAUUAGCGUUAUGUGUUAACGCGGGGGAACUAUUAGAUCCUAAAACGGCGUUUCAAUUGGCUUUAGGAAAUCUUGAUCCAUUCACCUUAAAGAAAAUGGACGAUUGGGACCCUGACAAUCGUGAUAUAAGUAAGGAUAUAAAAAGAUCAAACUGGAAAGAGCAACCCGUGUCCCCUCACCCAAGUAUAUGGGAUCCAGGUUUUCAUAACUUUUUAAACCAAACCAGUCCCUGGAGGAAAGAAAAGGAAUCUAUUUUAAGCUUAAUUGGACCUAGGAAGAAAGUUGUCAAUUUAGUCACUAAGUUUGUACCUGAAACUCAAGACCAAGAUGAAAGCCUAUCUAUAGAGACCCUUAGUAAUAUGUACUGCAUAGAACCAGCGAACAAAAAGCAAAGAGUAACAGACAGCCCAGCACAUGACACAGUUUUGACAGAAAUAACAUCAACGUCACCGAUAUUAGAAAACAAAGCGAGGUCGUUUAAAAAGCGGCUUUUAGCAAAUAAUUCCGUUUUGAAGAAACUGAGUCGGUUCCCAAGGACAUUUCUAGACGAUGACCUAAUUGAAAGCAAGUUCUUCAAAAGUGAUUCCCCUGGUUCGAAUCAAAGUGAUGAACAUUCCCCUGGCAACAAUUUGAACGAAGAUAAUAGUGUACAAAGUGUGUGUGUGAAAAGUGAUUUAGUGGUUUCCUCGGAUAAUAGUGAUGAUAGUGCCUUAGGUGAUUCCGAGCAAUUGGAAAAUUCGCAAAAGGAAAAUUCUCCAGUGAAAGUUCGGACUAGUCCCAUAUUACAAAGUCCGAGAAAUCCUUUUAGUAAGCUGGUGCAAGAUUCUCAAGACUCGGUCAUUGAUGCGGAGGAUUUUAUGCCAACUACUUCUCAGAUACAUCUAGUUGAAUCCCCUCCAAAAGAAGCAAAUCCGUUCAGUCAAUUCUCCUACACGAGCACGCAAACAAACAAACAGACAAAGAAAUCGACUUGCAGAGUUUCCGGCUUGAAGAAAACGGUGCCAAAUAACCAGCCGACUUUGUUGAGUAAAUUUGGAUUCCAAAAAAAACCAGUAUUGCGGAGGUGAAGUGAAGAAAUAAAUUCAUACAGUCAUAGUAGCGUCCAACUAUGUUUUAUUUCUAAAGUGUUCAGUAUUAUACAAAAAAAUAUUUGUCAAAAAAUUUAAUUUAUGAUAAGUAUACAGAAUGAAACAUGACAAUGAGUAUAAUUAAGUUUAAGUGGAGAUUAUGUUGUAUUAUUUAAUGUUGUUUCUUACUCUUGACUGCAUUUAUUGUUGAUUUUGUAAAUAAAAAAUAUGACUAAUA